CCGUCAACUCUUCUUUCAACUGAACAUACAAAACCAACUUCCACUUUGUUGAAACUCCAAGAUAUUUCUUUCUUCCUCUCCCUUUUUAAAUUUCUUCUCAGAUGUUCGCCAUCUUUUGCACCUUUCAUUUCGAAACAUCACUACAUCACUACAAUUCUCCAAAUAUCUUUAUUGAUUUGGAUUUGCUUUCAUUUGAUUCUUCCAUUUUCCCCUAAUUUCAUCUACAAUAUCCAUCAAACUUCAAUGAAUUCAGCUACAGAAAUCUAGCCCCCUUUUGUUCAAAUUAGGGUUUAUGAUCUCCGCUGGUGCUCGGAACCCAGUAAUUGCGGUUGGGAAUAAUGACAUUUUAACCCAAAAUUUGAGCUGAUUUUGAUAAUUUAAGCUUACAACGAACCAUUCUUUAAGAAGAUGACAUCUGCAAAAACAAAUUUAGUUAUGACAGUGAUUGGAUUUGUAGUCAGCACUUUGUUUAUAGUCUUCAUUUGCACUAGACUCAUCUGUGCUCGGAUUCAAUUGCGCGCUUCUCGUCGAAAUUUCCGUCGCCAUUUUGCGUCAUCUAGAUCUAAUCUCAGUACUUUAGAGCGGGGAAUGCACGGUGUGGAACCUCCAAUAAUUGCGAAUUUUCCGGCCAAAAAGUACGGCGACGAAUAUUUCUCCUCGGCAGAAAGUGGGCAAUGCUCUAUUUGCUUGGCUGAAUACCACAAGGAAGAUGUAUUGCGCAUACUCCCUUACUGUGGUCACUACUUUCACAUAAAGUGCAUAGAUAUAUGGCUGCUUCAACAUUGCACCUGCCCAGUUUGUCGGAUUUCGUUGCGUGAGACUAAUGAGAAGAAACGAUCAAUGCAGUUAAUGUCAAGUUCUCGAUCUCAUUUUGAUACUGAUUUUCCUGCUCGUCAGUGUAGAUUUUUAUCGAGAAUUCCAGAAACUCGUAGGACAGAUCCCAUUCAAGAGAACCAAUUUGUGUCUCAUGUUGGAAUAGAAGCAGCCUUAGAUAACAGGCUGUUACCUGAAGAUGGUAUCGUAAAAGACCCCGCCAGCAAACAUGUAGAGAGCCCAUCAUCUGCAUAGCUGUUGGUUUCAUUACCAGUUGCAUCUUUUAUGACUUCCAUGUUAUGAAUGAGAAAGCAUUGCCAACCAAGUACAUUGCAGAAAGUUUUUGGAGUCUUUGAAGCCUGGUUUUUCUCCUCUUGUGGGCCGUAUCUUUGUACAUAUCUUACCCUAGUGAUUUAUUUCAAGGUUACAGGAGGAUGAUGGUUACCAAGCACCAUUUCAUGUUUGACGAUUACAAGCACAACCGUGCUGGGUUUUGUGUAUACGGAUAUUGUGUCUGUCUAUGACCCUGUAGUCUAUUUGCUCUUAGGUUAGACGUGACACAGAUGGGGGUUCCUUUUGUUUCCUUUUUAAGGAAUAGCUAUUCUAGGAGUGAUUCAAGUACCAUCAUUUUUUAUCUUUGUACUGGGUGUAUUGUCCAAUUUUUAAUUUCUGUUUGACAGGUAGUAUGUAGAAUUAAUAGUGUUGUACAGAACAAAAAUGUAUAGAUGUGUCAUAUGUGCAUAGAUGGAAAUUGCGAAAGAUCCCACAAUCUGUCAUGCCCUUCUAUGACGAGGCUGAUGACUUUCUUUCUGUAUACACUAAAGUACAUUUUUGCAAAGCAUUCUUUCUUUUACCA